UGGUGCUUUUAAUAAUGACAUAACAGGUUUAACUUCCUAUCAAUAUAGCAAGAUACCUUUCUUAUGGAAUAUAUGGUCAUAUAUUGACUGGUUCAUAAAUGAACUAUAGUGGGUUGUUCUAGGAAAUGGGAUUUUAAAAAAAUUUACAGCCAUUUUGUUUUCUUGGCUAUCUUACCAGAUCGUUCCUGUUAAGAAAUUUGUCUAGGAUUUCCCUUGGAAAAUCAUUCAGCAGGGUGAUGUUUUUGCAAUAAAGUUUCAGUUUGAGUUUUAGCAGUGGUGUGCGUAAGCAUGUACAUUCUGCGUGCAAGACAGGAACAAAAGCUGAGCUAUUUUUCCUGAGUGUCUGCUCAGGAACUGCCCACGGAAGAGGUAGGUGCUCGUGCUACAAAAAGCCUGGUGGGACCGCGUUCAGGCCCUUUUGACAGGUGAUGGAGAGGAGCCUCUGCUCAGAGCGGGGAGUGCAGGCUGCUGAGGAAAGCAAAUGUGGCCGGGUCUGGGACAAGGCUAGGAAGGCGAUGGUGCUGUAGAUAACACAGCUUUGGAGAAACUGGCGAGGAGCUAGAUCAAAUUGUACAUUUAGGCUAGAUAAAAUUGUAUGUCGAAGGUAGACUGGUGAUGUUUUAUGAAGGCCAAACCCCCAAACUGCUGUAUUUCUGAGGUGAAUAAACUCUCCAGAGUCAAAUCACUUCUAAAAAUAAAGAGCUUUUUAAUUUAUAACAAGGGACGUUUUAUUUAACACAACAUAACGCGGGGCAUGUAUUUAUAAUAGCCAUAGAGGGAUUUCUCUAUGGUUCUCCACCCCUGCCACCUGGCGGAAAGAACGACGUCCCCGAGCCGCAAUGUGCCGUGUCCCUGCGCCAUAGCCCCGCUGCGCCUGCGCGGGGUACGCGCGGGGUACACGCGGGCCGGGCAGCGGCUGUCCUGGAGGCGGAGCAGCACGGGGCAGUUAUGGGUGAUGAAUCAGUACCAUCUUUGCUGGACCAAGGAACCACAAAAACUUAUCAAAUACCUAUUGGUCAUCUGGACUACAAGUUCAUUGAAAAAUGCACAGAUGUUAAACACCUGGAAAAGAUUCUCAGGGUAUUAAGGUCUGGUGAAGAGGGAUGUUAUCCCGACCUGACACUGUUUUGUGAAAAGCGCAUUGAGCAUUUAGACCCAGGGAGCAGAGCUCUCAGGAAAGAUAAGCCUGCAGCCACAGCUUCUGAUUUUACAGCUGAAGAAUGGGAAACAAUUAAUGGUGAACUGAUGAGCUGGGUGACAGAAAUGCGUGAAGAUGAUCAUAAACCCCAGUUUUUGGGAACAGACACGCUGCUUGAAGGACAAGAUAACUUGCCACCUAUUCGUUGUUCCAGCAGCUGUCUUCCUGCUAAUCAGAAUGAAAAAUUACAAAACAAACAAAGAUACAAGAAAAACAUACCACGGGAUUACAGUGAAUGGGACAAGUUUGACGUGGAAAAGGAGUGUUCUAAAAUUGAUGAAGGAGGUGAAGAAAAUAACUCAAAAUCAAGAUUCUUUAAUAGGCCAAGUCUCCCUCUAAUUGAAAAGAAAAUAGACACAACUGGCAUGACAAAGAAAGAGAAGAUCUUUAUUGCUACUCGUGAAAAAGAAAAGGGCAACGAAGCUUUUGCCAGUGGAGAUUACAUGGAAGCAGUGACAUAUUACACUCGGAGUAUAUCAGUACUACCCACUGCAGCUGCAUACAAUAACAAAGCUCAAGCAGAAAUAAAACUUCAGGACUGGGACAGUGCUUUGCAGGAUUGUGAGAAGGUGUUAGACAUGGAACCUGACAACGUAAAAGCUCUGAUGCGCCGUGCCACUGUUAACAAUCAGCUGAAGAAUUACGAGACUGCUGUAGAGGAUCUGAACAAAGUAUUGUGCAUUGAACCAGAAAACACUGUAGCUAAGAAAAAUCUGCUAGAGACUGAAAAGAAACUGAAAGGUUUAAAGCCUGUCUCUAAGACUGAAGGCAAAGGAAAAAGAAUACUUAUUGAAGAGAUAGAGGAUUCUGAAGGUAGUGAAGAAAGAGGAGAAAAUGCAGAGGAAUGUGGAAGAAGCAGUGGAGAUAAAGGGCGCCGGCAGGCAGCCGGCCCGGCCGCCAUGGGCAGCGCGCAGAGGAAGGCGCACGGCGCCAAGGCCGAGGGCAGGGAGCAGCGCAGGGACCCCGCCGGCACCGCCGACCCCAAGGGCACGGCCGAGGAAGGCGCGCAGAGGCCGGAGCAGCAAGGUGAAGCCGAUGGCUACUCGAACGGCGAGGGGGCGAGGGGGAGCCCCGCAGAGCAGCAGCCCCCCGGGGCGCACGGGGACGGGUCCGCCUCGCUCCCGCCGGCUGCAGCGGAACUGAAAAGGGAAGGAAACGAGCUGUUUAAGGGAGGACAGUUCGGAGAAGCUGUGCUCAGAUACUCCGAAGCCAUUGAACACGUCGUCGGUCUAGGAGAACAAAUUCCAGAUGAUUUAAGUAUCUUGUACUCGAACAGAGCAGCGUGUUACCUCAAAGAAGGCAACUGCAGUGACUGCAUUCAGGAUUGUAACAGAGCUCUGGAGCUUCAGGCAUUUUCCCUUAAGCCUCUCCUACGACGAGCAAUGGCAUACGAGUCCAUGGAGCGGUAUCGACAGGCAUACGUUGAUUAUAAAACAGUUCUGCAAAUAGACAGCAGCAUACAAGCAGCAAAUGAUAGCGUUAAUAGAAUAACAAAGACUUUAAUUGACCAGGAUGGCUCUAGUUGGAGGGAGAAACUGCCACCGAUUCCAGUUGUCCCAGUCGCUGCUCAGCGACACAGGUGGGAUGGAGGAAGUUUUACUUCAGAGGUUAAGCCAAGUAAUACUACAGAUACCAACAGAGAAGAACAGUUGCAGAUGAAUCGUGAGAAAGCUGAGGAAGAGUUCAAGACAUUAAAAAACGAAGGGAAUGAUUUCGUAAAGAACGGUAAAUACGAAGAAGCUGUAAAUAAAUACAGCGAAUGCAUGAAGUUAAAUGACAAAGAAUGUACAAUCUACACUAACAGAGCUCUCUGUUACUUGAAACUGUAUAAAUAUGAAGAGGCUAAGCAAGAUUGUGAUCAUGUUCUUCAAAUAGAAGAUUCUAAUAUUAAAGCUUUUUAUAGAAGAGCACUAGCGUACAAAGGAUUACAGAACUAUCAAGCCAGUGUUGAUGAUCUCAACAAAGUCCUUCUAAUAGAUCCAAAUGUUCUUGAGGCAAAAAAUGAACUAGAGCAGGUAACCCAACUGCUUAACCUUGGCAGCAGCGCUGUAACUGGCAGUCUACAAAAGCAAAGGAAGAAAAUAACCAUACAAGAGGUGACUGAAUCUGAUGAACAGGAAGAGAGGCAGUUUGCUACAUCAGAAGAUGUUGUGACUGAUGAUGAUACUUCUAAAGAAGCGGUUCAAAAGAGCACGCCGUUGAAGACCUCUGAAAAACUGACAAUUUCCGAACCAUCUAAUGCUUACGACUUUGGUCAGAUUAUAAAUGUAGUGAAUGCCAAUAAGGAUAAAGUUGCUUGUGCAGAUCUUUUAACAAUUACUGAUCCCAAAAAACUUCCAGUGCUGUUAAGUAACAAACUUGAAGUAGAGACCUUUUUGAUUUUUAUCCAGUCAUUGGAAUAUUACGUACUUGGAAAAGAUCCCAGUCUUGUAUAUCAGCAUCUUUUCUACUUGAGCAAAGCAGAAAGAUUUAAGGUGGUGCUGGGCCUUCUUAGCAAAAAUGAAAAAGAACAGGUUCAGCAACUGUUUGACUUGCUUGCAGAAAACCAGAAUCAUCAAUACUCUUCGGAAGAUCUUGAGAGCCUUAAAAAGGUUUAUGAACUUUAAGAAGAACUUAAGUUAAAACUUAUUUGUUGCAUGGAUAUAGUUGAUGUUUAUGAGAUAGCUGUAUAAACACUGCAGGCUUGCACGGGUUGAAGUGGGUCUUUAUGUGGACUGUUUAGAUUCUAUUUUGUUUUGAUAGUACAUGCACAUUUAAAACUUGCUGCUCUUUUGUAGUUGUACACAUUUUUAAUCUCUACAGUUUAAUGCAUGUCUUUAUGUUCAGUAACAAAGUUCAAGUUUGGCAUACUGAUUUUAUUUAGACUUACAUAAAAUAUAUAUUUUACAUUUAUAUAAUGUGAAAUAUCAUGAUGGUACGAUAGAUAAUAUACUUUUAGUCAUCAUUUUGUGGGUUGUAUGUUCUUGUGAUAAAGAAGUGUCUUCAAGGUAAACGGGUCAGUUAGCAAUAGCUUUGCUAAAAUGAGUUUACAAAAAGUAUAAACAUUUUUCAGAUAAACUACUACAGACCAUCUGUUUCUUCACCAUCUGAUCUACACAAAACAGAUUUAAAUAUUUUGGUGCAGUACUGCUUAGCAGCAAAGGUGAAUGAAUAAUACAUUAGCUUGUCAUGGAACACUUUGAAUCAAAAUAAUUAAUUAUUAAAUGAAUGGAUAUGUUUUUUUAAAUGAUGAACAAGUGAGUAAUUUUUAGUGCGCAGAGAAUUAUUUAUUUUCUCUGUGUGUAGAAGGAUUGCUGGUUUGCACAGCUUUUAGAGUAAUAGUGGUGAAAAAGAGAACAAGUGGCUGCACUUAACAUUAAAAAUAUUUAACUCCGAGUUUUGUAAUCAGAUUAUUUAAAACACUGGGUAUUUCUGUUUGCAGACAUAUUCAUAAAGCUAAAACUAAAACUGCUGUGUGGACCAAUGUGAUUCUUGUUUUAUUUUGGGCAGUACUUAUGUUUUAUGCAUGAUUUAGACAAAGCUGCAUUUUCUCAAGACUAAGCUUAAAAGUUUUUCACAUAUGCGUUCUUUUGCACAUGUGAUAUAAAUCUAUGUCGAACUCACAAGCACUGCAGCAGUAUCACUAGGGAUGUUGUUCAAAUAAUAUUUUUCUCAGGUGUAUAUUAAUUAAAAAUUAAAGUUUUUUUCUUGAAAAGUU